AGCGGUUUAGACAUUAAUGGCUGUGUGUUGAGUUAUUUUGAGGGGACAGCAAAUUUACACUGUUAAACAAGCUGUACACUCACUACUUUACGUUGUAGCAAAGUGUCAUUUCUUCAGUGUUGUCACAUUAAAAGAUAUCAUCAAAUAUUUACACAAAUGUGAGGGGUGUACUCACUUUUGUGAGAUCUCUGUUGUUAUAUAUCUUAGUUUUGAAGCUGUGAUCUAAGAAACAUCAAUAUCUCUGCCGUCGCAGAGGCGAAGUUCCUGGAACUUCUUAUAAGAAAUUGCUCCAUGUAAUACUUCUCUCAAUGUAAUACACACAUUUCUUAUAUCAUCGACUCCCUUCCAUAGAGACAGCAAUGUACAAUGACUUUAUAUAAUUCUAAUUCUAAAUCAUUUACUCCCUUCCAUAGAGAGCAAUACUCGAUGACUUCAUAAAAUUCUAAUUCUAAUUCUAAAUUCUUGAAGAUUCCUACCGGUCAGUGGUAAGGCUUCAUUGGUCUUUCACUCUGCACUAAAGGGCAAAUUGCCUGUGUGUUAACACUUACUUCAGGGUGAAACUUUUCCACGAACGUCCUCCGGUUUGCUUGUUGUCCAGAAGAGCUUAAAGACUCACGCAGCCCAGCCAGGAGACGCCAAAUUGUCGUGAACAUUAGACAACACUCGCAGACUCGUCCUCUGAAGCAUUGUUCAUCUAGAUUCAGUGAACUGAAUGAAAUGGGAGAGUCUGCAUCUACACCUCAACAACCUCAAACACCUCCACCGCCUCCAGAAUUUGAUGAGCCAUGGAGGACGAUGCUUUGGAAGUGCAAAUUCUUAUUGGAGGAAAAACUGAGGAACUUUAAGCUCUGCGGUUCUGACGUAAAGUUUGUCAGGAUUCUGGUUGUUGGUGAAGUUGGAGCAGGAAAGUCCAGCUUCAUUAAUGCAGUCAAUAAUGUUUUCCAAGAGCAGAUCACCAGUGGAGCUCUUGUUGUAGGAAGAUCUGGAACCAGUUGCACAAAAACUUACAAAACCCAUCAUAUCAUGGGGAAGGACGGCUCCUGUUUACCUUUUGUGUUCAGUGACGUCAUGGGACUUGACUCUGCCGAUGGACAAGGCGUACAUGUACAGGACAUCAUCACAGCCUUAAAGGGGUUUCUUGAGGAAGGAUAUAAAUUUAAUCCUGUUACUCCCGCGUCUCAGAAGGACUACAACAAAAACCCCAAAACUUCUGAUAAACCCUUCUGCCUGGUCAAUGUUAUAGCUGCAAGCACAGUGUCACUCAUGGAACAAAAGCUUAUUGAAAAGAUGAACCUGAUCCGUGGGGUGGCUAUAGAGUAUAAUUUGCCUCAAGUUAUCAUCAUGACAAAAGUGGAUGAAGUCUGCCCUCUGGUUAAACAGGACCUAAGAAAGGUCUACACCAGCAAGAAGAUCAAAGAAAAGAUGCAGGAGUGUAGUAAUCUGCUGGGUAUUCCACUGAGCAACAUCUUCCCUGUGAAGAACUAUCAAGAGGAGAUGGACACGAACGAUGACGUGGAUGUUCUGAUCCUCAAGGCGCUCGAUCAGAUCGUGAAUCUCACCAACGAUGCCCUGGAAGACCAAAAACCUAGUGAGAAAUCUGAGUGAAGGCUGAUUUUGUUGUUCUUCUUGUUCUUUUCCAGCCCUACACCAGUGCAGAGUAUUUAUGACCGUGAAAAAACAUGAAAUUGUGUCUAAAGUACAUUAUUAAAGUAAAGCUAAUUUAUUCUACUGUAAUCAUAACUGGUUUGUGUUUCUGUCGCUGUCACGUUCCUACUGCACUCUGGACUUUUUAUAUUCCAUUAAAUUAAUAAUUAUAAUGAUGUUUGGUCCUA